ACCGCUAACAGAUUGCACGUGCAUCGGGCAUCUGUCGUUUGUGGCUGUUGCGCACGCCGGGGGUGCUCUGUGAUACUUUUCGUUUGGUAAAUUAUACACACUGUUUUCGUUUUGUUUUGUGCACCUGCAUUUGUUUAUUAGUUGAUUGUUGACAAUGUGACACUAAUAAAUAAUCAAACGAACUGAUUGGAGUGACAUAAAAACUUGUGCCGGUUAAUAACGGAAACAUGUUAUGGAAAUAAGUGGACACGAUUUUAAUUAUUGAGGAUGGCGAGCAGAAAUGAAAAUUUACCACCCUCAGAACAGCAGGCCAGCCCCGAAUACGAGUCUCUAAGUAGAAUUGGCUCAGGUGCAUACGGGACAGUGUACAAAGCUAAGGACAAACGAACAAACCGUGUGGUAGCUUUGAAGAAGGUAUGCGUGGCCUUGACCGACGAUGGAAUACCCAUGAACACCCUUAGAGAAAUCGGGGUGCUGAGACAAUUGAACGCGUACGAGCAUCCCAAUAUUGUUCGAUUGUUGGACAUCUGUCACGGACGCAGGAUAGGAAAGGAACUAAUAAUGUACUUAGUGUUCGAACACGUCGAGCAGGAUCUGGGAUCGUACAUUGAAAAGAACCCGAAAGGUUUCAAAACGACAGAGAUCAGAAACCUUUCUAGGGAAAUCCUGAAUGGUGUCGAUUUCCUUCAUUCGAACCGUAUAGUGCACAGAGAUUUGAAACCACAAAAUUUAUUGGUCACAUUCGAUGGCCACAUCAAGCUUGCAGAUUUCGGUUUGGCGAAGACGUAUGACUUUGACAUGAAAUUGACUUCGGUGGUUGUCACUUUAUGGUACCGGGCUCCAGAAGUUCUUCUGGGUUUACCCUACGCAACGCCUGUGGAUAUUUGGUCCGUUGGUUGCAUUAUAGUAGAAUUGUACAAUCUUACCCCUUUGUUUAGGGGUACCUCCGAAAGCGACCAAUUGACCACGAUAUUUAGGGAAUUGGGUAGGCCCUCAGAAAACGAAUGGCCCAAAGACAACAUAGCCAUAAAAUGGGACUGCUUCAAAGGUAUAAAUCCUCAGGGAUACAUGCAACAAAUCUCUGGUAAUAUUUGCGAAACUGCCAAAGAUUUAAUAAUGAAAAUGUUGACGUUUGACCCAAUAAAAAGAAUUAGCGCAAUGGAAGCUUUGAACCACACAUACUUUACUGAGGAACCCAUAGAUACCUAAGUAUUUUAUGUAGUGUACAUAAUCUCAUUCAGUUUAUAUAUAUUUUUUUCGCGUUAUACUGUAAUGUUGCAUAGUAGUAAUAAUCAUCCUAUUACUUGUAUUAUAAAGCAAUAAAUAUUUUUAUACCUUUAAUAAA